GCAGGAAGUCGUUGUUAUUCGCAGGGAAAGUCACAGCUGUUAUGACGACCAUCGUCUGCUGCAAGUUUCGUCGUCUUUGGCUGGUUUUUAAUUACUUGGUGAUCAGGUGACCCAUCACGAAACUUUGGGCAUGUUCUUUAAAUCGUCCAUCUAGUUAUGUUUAAGUCGUGAUCGUGACAUUUGCAUUAUUCGAGUGGAGGUUAUGGUCGUUGUCGUGCAAGUGUACAGUCUGCAGUGACAGUAGUUACAUACUACCGAUGCAGACGCAAAUAAAAGACAAAUUUUAUCAUGGAUGAUCAAGACGAUUCAUCUAAUGAGGUGGACCUGGCUAUUGGAAGCAGAGUUUGUCAAGUACCGAAAGAUAACAGUGAACAUGGAAGUUCUAAGGUGGUCCCUAAAACUGAACCACUUUGUGAUAGCGACUAUAGUUCAUUAGUUGACGUUAAACCUCGACCUCUUCCUGCUUUGCGUCCGGAAAUCCCUGAUCUCAAGAACAUCCACAGCUCACCCGCAAUAAAUUGGGCUGGUGGGAAUUGGCAAGAUAGCUCAAGAAAAAGUGCUUUUCAGCCUUACAGACCAACAACAUUAUUAACAAAUCUUCAAAGAGGAAAUACACAAACCCAGACCCCUGUUAUUGAGAAAGAAGAGGUCAGUCUUCACGAGAGGGCGGGACAAGGAGAAAUAACAGAAGCUGAACUGAAGCAAGAGGGCAAGAUUGAUUCUCCCGAUGAGAAUGGUCUAACGCCUCUGAUGUGGUCCGCUGCCUACGGUCAGUUGUCAGCAGUACAACUGUUCCUGAAACAUGGAGCCAGGAUUGACGCCAGAGGCCCAGAGGGUGAGACAGCACUUCUUUUAGCAUCUGCAGCGGGUCACCAUGACAUAGUGAAACUACUUCUCAACGGGGGAGCUUCAUUAAACCACUGUGAUGAUGUUGGAAAUACUGCCCUGAUGUAUGCAGCUCAUGGUGAUCAUCCGCACUGUGUAAAUGAACUUCUGCUUCGAGGAGCAGAUUUCACAGUAUCAAACGAAUCUGGAGAUACAGCUUACACUAUAGUUGUCCGAAACAACAGCCAACUAGCACAAGCGGUCAUUGAGAAUCAUCUUCUCACAUUAAUCGGAUAAUGUGAAACGCAACUACACCAACUACCCAUCAACUUCAUGUGAUACCAUCAGUUUUGUGAGAUACUUUUCACAUGUUAGAAACAAACCAUUAAAGUCCUCAUAAUUAUAACAUUAAA